AUGCCACAAGAGAUUUAUUCCAUUUGGUCAAAAUGGCCAUACAUAUUUGGUAAUGUGUUCUGUGUCAUACGUGGCUUGGCAGCUGAAACAUCGACCAAUGCUAGUGUAAUGACGAUCACGUUAUUCACAAUAGAGAGAUACUUGGCUAUUUGUCACCCGUUUGUCUCCCACAAGAUGUCAAAAUUAUCACGAGCGAUCAAACACGUCUUGCUUCUGUGGGUGGCAUCAUUAGCUUUAGCGUUACCUCAGGCGCUACAAUUUGGUAUUAAAGUUCAUAGAGGUGUAACUAUGUGCCUACAGACAAGAGUUAUUCUAGAACAUUCAUUUGAGAUAUCUACAUUCUUUUUCUUCUUUGCACCUAUGAUAUUAAUCACUGUGCUCUAUUCUCUUAUUGGACUUCGGCUUUAUAAAACAAAUUUAGGAAAACAGAAUGUAGAAGGCAGACAAUUACAAAGACAUACCAUCAAAGCGCAGUCAAUACAUAGAAAAAAUAGCACGCAGUCUACAAAACGGGUUGUGAAAAUGCUUGGUAAUUCCAUGAAAAAGGAUAAAUCAAGCUCCAUGACUAAAAUAACAUAUAGAAAAGAAGAAAAUCCGAUUGACUCAGCAACAAUAAGAAAUUGGAAAAUUUGCGAAAAAUGUAGAAGAACAGUUACAACAACCAUUAUAAGCUACAAUCACAUGAACUGUGACCACCCAGCAAACAUUUUACAAGACACUCGUAUAGCCAUCGAUACAACUUGA